AUGCCGUCUGUUGUGGGUCGGUCAAAGAAGGCAGUGUUUGGUUAUAUAAAGGAUAAAGUGUGGCAACGUCUUAAUGGUUGGAAGGAAAAGUGCUUAUCGGCAGCAGGCCGAGAAAUUCUUAUUAAGGCAGUUGUUCAAGCUAUCCCCACUUAUAUCAUGUCCUGCUUUGAAUUGCCAGAUGGAUUGUGCCGUGAGAUUAGUGGCAUGAUUGCCCGAUUCUGGUGGGGUCAACGUGAGGAAAGGCGCAAGAUUCACUGGUGUAGUUGGCCAACCCUUUGUAAGGUGAAACCUGAAGGCGGGAUGGGAUUUCGAUCUAUUGUGGCCUUCAAUAAAGCUUUGUUGGCUAAGCAAUCUUGGAGACUCCUUCAAUUCCCAAAUAGUUUGGUGGCCCAGGUUCUGAAAGCCAAAUAUUACCCACAGUGCUCGAUUCUUGAUGCACCUCUGGGGGCCAGUCCGUCCUUUUCGUGGAGGAGUAUUUGGAAUGCGCGUUCUCUCUUGUUGGAAGGUUUACGGUGGCGCGUGGGCAAUGGGGCUCAAAUUCGCAUUUGGCAGGACAAAUGGGUUCCGCGGCCUUUUUCUUUCAAAAUCUGCACCCCUCCUUCUCACCUGGACGUUAAUGCUAAAGUCAGUGCUUUGAUUGAUCACGAUGUGGGGAAUUGGGAUGAAGGAGUGCUUGGUGCUUGCUUCCCCCCCUCAGAGAUUGAGAUUAUUAAAUCGGUUCCUAUAUGUCCGUUGUUGGCAGAAGACAUAUUAGUAUGGCAUUAUACAAAACAGGGUCAGUUUCGGUUAAAUCGACAUACCAUAUUGAGAUGA